AUGGCUCUGCGAAUCGUCGUUUCACCACAGGCAUUCAAGCACAGCAUCGGCGCACGCGAAGCCGCGUUGGCCAUUCAACGGGGUAUUCUCCAGGCCGCUCCCGACGCUGAAACCAUCCUGAUCCCGGUCGCCGACGGCGGCGACGGGACACUGGCGGCCCUCAUCGAUACUACCGGCGGCAGCUACCGUGAAGCCACGGUCACGGGCCCUCUGGGAGAGCCGCUCGCCGCCCGGUGGGGCGUGAUGGGCGACGGUGAAACCGCGGUCAUCGAGAUGGCCCUGGCGUCCGGUUUGGCCCUGAUUCCUGACGACCGCCGCGACCCGCUCCGAGCCACCACCCGGGGCACCGGGGAAUUGAUGCUCGCCGCCCUCGAUGACGGCUAUCGGCGUAUCAUCGUCGGCCUGGGCGGCAGCGCUACCAACGACGGCGGCGCCGGCAUGGCGUCGGCCCUGGGUGCCCGGUUCCUGGAUUCCCAAGACGGACAGUUGCCGGCCGGCGGAGCCGCUUUGGAAAACCUCACGAACGUCGACGCUUUAGCUUUGCAUCCGGCGUUGUCGGAAACCACCAUAGUCGGCGCGACGGAUGUGACCAACCCUCUUUGUGGUGAUACCGGCGCGUCCGCAAUCUUUGGUCCCCAGAAGGGCGCAACCCCCGAAAUGGUUUCCCAGUUGGAUCGCUGCCUGGCGAAUCUGGCCAGUGUGAUCCGUUCGGAUUUGGGCGUCGAUGUUCUCAACACGCCCGGUUCGGGGGCGGCCGGCGGCUUGGGCGCCGGUUUGAUCGCAUUUGCUGGCGCCGAACUGCGCUCCGGAAUCGACAUGGUCUGCGAUGUGCUCGACUUUGACCGAAACGUCCGGGGAGCCGAUCUCGUGAUCACCGGGGAAGGGCGUGCUGAUCGCUCAACGGCUUUUGACAAGGCUCCGGUCGGUAUCGCCCGCCGUGCCCGCCAGUUUGGUGUCCCCACCGUCCUGGUUGCCGGCAGUCUGGGCCCGGGCUACGAAACCCUCUAUCAGCACGGAAUCGACGCCAUCGUGCCUAUAGCGGAGGAGCCGGCGGAUCUCGCAUCCAGCCUCCGGCGCGGCUCCGAGCUCCUCGAGCGGGCUGCUGAACGGGCCGUUCGCCUUUACACCUUGGGACGCGCGGGAUGA